AGGAAUCCAGCAAGAGAAGACAGCAAGAUCAAAGGCAGGGAAGUGUAUGGAUGUUGGGGGGUGCUUGGACAUUGGGGAUGAGUGGGAGAUGAGUCUGGGAAGGUAGGCAAGGGCUAGACCAUGAAGGACUUACGUGUCUCCAGCUCUGUGGCUGAAGGGGAGAAAUUAAAGGCUUUUUCAGUAGGGAAUGGCGCGAGCAGACCUAGUUGUACAAGAUCGCUCUGAGGCAGUUUGGAGGGCCAAGCAGUAAGGCCUCAGACCUGCCUUACGUGGUCUUGACCCCAAACUGAUUGUGUCACCCCGGUCCAUACAUGUAGACUUUGGAUACACAGUGACAAAAGAUUUUUACCUGGGAAGGAGUCUUGUGGCCUAACACCCCAUAUGCUACCAGGUGGUGGACAUACUACUUUUCUUUUGAGAAGUUUCAAGUUAAUCGGGAUGGGCACUCCUCAUACCCCCUCUGAGUAAACAGCUCCGGUUAAAAAGCACUGAGGGAGUUGGGCUCUUUCUCUGGUGUAUCAACCAUCAGAAUCAGUGUUCCCCAUAUUUAAGCGUGAUCAAGGCUGGCCGUUUUGGUGGUGGCUGGUAGUAAGGGGAAGGCUAUUGUGUUUCAAAAUGAAAUAAACAGAAAAGCAAUAUUAAAAGAGUGAGGAGGUUGUUUACUGAGGCUUGAAGAGACUACAGGUGCUUCCUUCUGUGUUCAGAAGCAGUGACCCCUGGGAAUUGCAUUUCCCGUUGAGCAGGAGCCCAUGGUGGGCUGAGCCCUGCUAACACCCUGGUGGUAUGAAACCCUGAACAAGCACCACAGAAAACCCAGUGGUUUCCAGGGGGUCUUUUGAGCUUGUCUUGGUGUGAGCAGGUACAAGAUGGGACACACAUACUCACACAGUUUACCCUCAUGCACACUGCCACAUACAUACACACGCACACAAGUAUCACACCACGCUCUGUGGCCACAUCCAAAUGGCCACAGGCUUCUAUGCCAUGUCGUUGUUCAGACCCAGAUGGCCGGCUCCGAAUAUGAAGUGGUCUGUAGCCAGCAGGCUCUGAGGGCGCUCACAGUGGGGUGACGGGCAGUGUCGCUGAAGAGCAAGAGCACCCGUGCCUGCGGUGGGAGGAUGUGAUGACGCUGUGCCCCCACACAGCGGGAACUUGGGCUUUUAAAAAGCCGAGGAAACAUCCUCUGAGCAAGCAGUGGCUACACUGGAGGAAAGCACACCCAGGUCUCACAUUAAAGAAGCCAAGCUGUCUGCUUCAAAGAGAAAAGGCAACAUCCUGUCACAGACCAUGCUCUGGCAAAAACCCCCUGCUCCUGAACAAGCCCCGGCCCCACCCCGGCCAUACCAGGGCGUCCGAGUGAAGGAGCCUGUCAAGGAGCUGCUAAGGAGAAAACGUGGUCACGCCACCAGCGGGGCAGCGGUCGCACCUACUGCGGUGGUGCUCCCUCAUCAGCCCCUGGCGACUUACACCACAGUGGGUCCUUCCUGCCUUGACAUGGAGGUCUCUGCUUCCGCAGUGACUGAGGAGGGGGCCCUGUGUGCCGGCUGGCUCUCCCAGCCUGCCCCAGCUACCCUCCAGCCUCUGGCUCCAUGGACACCCUACACUGAGUAUGUGUCCCAUGAAGCUGUCAGCUGCCCUUACUCAGCUGAUAUGUACGUGCAGCCCGUGUGCCCCAGCUACACGGUUGUAGGGCCCUCCUCGGUGCUGACCUAUGCCUCCCAGCCACUCAUCACCAAUGUCACGACGAGAAGUGCCGCCACACCCACGGUUGGGCCCCAGCUGGACAGCCCAGAGCACCAGACACCCCUCACCUACUUCCCGUGGCCUCAGCCCCUUUCCACACUGCCCACCUCUACCCUGCAGUACCAGCCUCCAGCCCCAGCCCUGCCUGGGCCCCAGUUUGUCCAGCUCCCUUUCUCCAUCCCGGAACCCGUCCUCCAGGACAUGGAAGACCCCAGGAGAGCCAUCAGUUCCCUGACCAUCGACAAGCUGCUUUUGGAGGAAGAGGAUAGCGAGGCCUACCCGCUCAACCACACUCUCUCUGUGGAAGGCUUUUAGGGCCGGCUCCCACCUGGUGUCCUGUUCCCUGAAGCUGGGAUUUAAAAAUGAGCCUGGGAUGGAGCCUCAGAAUCAUAUCUGUUUGGAGCAGUUGUUCCAUAACUACACUUUCGAGAGAAAAAUGAGAAUUGCCAACUUCUUCCCUCCUUCCCUCCCACUCUCUUCCCUUCCCCAUCCCUUUCUUCCUUCACUCCUUCCCUCCCUCCCUUUGUCAUUCUACCCCCCAUUCCCUUUCCUUCACUUCUCCUUUUCUUUCCCCUUCCCCUUUCUUCUUUCCUUUCUCCCUCCCUUCUUCCCCUUCCCUUUUUUCCUCCUCCUGCCCUUUCUUCCUCCCUCUCUCUUUCUUAUUUUUUCCCAUUUCUGCUCCUUUUGGGGAGAGAAUUACAGGGAUUGUAGAGAUUGUAUUUUAUGCUAAGUGUUGCCAGAUCUGGGACCCAGUGCUCUCAUUUCUGCCGCGGCUCAGGCCUGGGAGAAGGCCCCUUCUCUCAAGGACCUGCUGCUUCACUGGAGCAGCAGUGCCCAGCAGUACUAGCGCCAGUUACACCCUCUGUCAUUUUGAGAUGUACGGGGUGCCCUGCGGGAAGGCGAGCCCUGCCAGCACUCCCCAGGGAGGAAGCCAAGGGCAGACCCAAUGCCAGAGACCUUGAGCUAUCUGUUCCCACAGUUGCUCCUUUGUUUGUUAUUCUCAGUGCUGGCCAGGUUUACAGUCUGGGCAGCUAAGUCUCAAGACCUGGGGCCUAGCAGAGU